AUGGCUGCCAACGAAGAGCAGGAGAACAAGCAGCUAAAAUCUUCUAUUACUCUGCCACUUCAAGAACGGACGGAUAAAAAGGACGAGGACAUAUCAAGGCACUCCGAUAUACCACAGGGAAUACCGCCAUUCAGUUUCGGCUCUCUCAACAGGAAGAAGAUGGAAGAGGAGCGACUCGCAAGAAUUGCUACCAAGCGGCAUCGCAUAUGUGACGAGGAAGAUGCUGUGCAAAUACCAGGUCCGAAACGAGUGGCAAUAUCAGCGAUGAAUACGAAUUCUAAGGCCACGGUGCCUUUUCCGAGGGGCACGGUGAAACGGACAUGGGCUCGUGGGUAUGACAGGUCACCAGACGACAUCAAGAUAGAGGAAGUGCUCCAAAGGGACAAGCUAGUGCUUGCCUUAAUUUCCUCCUUCCAGUGGGAUGAGGCGUGGCUCUUGUCUAAAAUCGAUACUUCGCGUACCAAAGUAUUGCUGGCGGCUUUUGCCCGCGAUGACGCCCAGAUCCUAAAGUUCGCCGACUACUUGCGGAUAGUUAUCCCUUCAGGCAAUUUAGUUCCACAUGAUUGGGGCGAAACGGGUGUAAUGGAAAAUCAUUAUCUCAGGGCCAUGGGCGUUGAUAAUAGCAUGAUUGACAGCUUGUCGAGAUAUGACUUCUCUGAAACCGAUAACAUCGGUUUUGUGUAUUCUAUGCAAUAUACCGUGCUUGUCAGGGCGGCGGGAACUAUAUGUUUACAAGAGAAAUGGUGGCGUGCCUCGACUUUUCCCACUGAGUUAAUGCGCGAUUGUGUCAGCACCCGGGAUGGUCUACUACUGCAUACCAAAAUCAUCUUGGUGAGACAGAAGAUCAGCCCAGAAGCAGGUACAAACAAAAAAGUUGCGUGGGCAUAUGUUGGCAGUGCUAACUUAUCCGAGAGUGCAUGGGGCCGCUUGGUGACAGACAGGGCUUCGGGGCAGAAAAAGAUGAUGUGUCGCAACUGGGAGUGCGGAGUUGUCCUACCUGUUCGUGCUUUUGAACAAGGAAGUGGCCCUGUUGACAUGAAUGUUUUCCAAGGCACAAUACCAAUCCCCAUGCAAGUCCCAGGACGACGCCAAGGACAAGGACGGCGUGUCCGACACAAACUGUGGAUCCACGACAUGCGCAGGGUUAUGUUCAGCAGAGCAUGCAUUGAAAUUGGCCGCACGAGUAUUCAUGAUAUGGAGAUUGCCGACGGCUACUGGAUUGAGACUCCGUUGUGGCGCCUGAAGGGAACAAGGGCAGACGGACUGUUCAUCGGAACGGCCGCGUUUCAACCGGCCUAG